AGACAAGGAGAUUAAGUACUUUGCAUAAACAUAAACGGAACUAUUGAUUGUAUCGCUUCAGGAGGAUUCAAGUUUGCACAAUACAACAAAGUGUACCACUAUAAAUUUGAAGAAACAAACGACACCACUUAUUUAGGCUAUUCAGUCGCCACUGGUUAUUUUCUUGCGCCUCAACGGGAAACGAUAGCAGCUGGUGUUCCCAACCGCUAUGAUUCACAGGACGGCCAUUUUGGACAGGUAGAGCUUGUGAGACAUGAUGGCUCAGAAUUAACGAAGGUGGAUUUUUUGCGGUUUGGACUAUCGCGAACCUGUGUGGGUAUACCGGUAGUCACCGAGGUAUCUAAAAAUCAACGGGGAACAAAAUAUGGGGCGGUAGUGGCUGCAGUAGAUAUUGACAGCAACGGGACCCAUGAGCUGCUUAUCGGAGCCCCGUUGUACACGAGCAAAUAUGCAGAUGAGGGACGAGUCUACAUCUAUACAUCAGGCGACAAUCAUCAAGAAAUGUGCGGACCGGUAGGGAUUCUUUCGGGUGGGGCCAAGGAAGGCUUUGGUGAUGGCGUUGCAAGGUUCGGCUCUGCAAUUGCAUCAAUUGGCGACAUUGACAGAGACAACUAUACCGACUUUGCCGUCGGUGCCCCUUACGAAGAAGAUGGUAGAGGGGCUGUGUACAUUUACAUGGGCAUUUCCAAUUUCAAACUUCGGACAUCAGGAUAUCCGGACAUGUAUUCCCAAAGACUUCCUGGAGAGAUGUUCGACUCUGGUAUUCCUGGCUUUGGAUGGAGUAUUUAUGGAGAUCACGACAUCGAUGAGAAUUCCUUCCAAGAUUUUGCGGUCGGAGCUUACAGUUCAGAUACUGUUGCAAUAUUCCGCUCGAGACCGAUUGUUCAUCUGACAGUUAAUAUCUCCAUCUCACCGUCUCCAAUACCGCUCAAUGCAUCUUUGCUUCGUUGCUCGAUGGACAAAACCAGACUUUGUACAGAAGUCAAUGUAACAUUUUCUUACGAGAAUAUUGGAACUGGGAAAGGGACCUUCAACGAUUUACUGAUAUCAUGGUAUCUUGAAGCCGAUACAUACUUGAGAAAUAGCAGUGGCUAUAGUCGCUUCAUAUUCCGAAAUACAAACAGGGAUUCUCUGGAGCAGAACAUAACGUUGUCCGGAGCUGGCACGCAUGUUCAUACAUCGUACAUCCUGGAUGUUAUCGGAAAUAACAACAACCCCGAACCAAAGGACGCUUGGACGAAAGUCAUGAUCGAAGGAACAUACAAACUUCUGCCUCAAGUAGGGACAGACUUUAGUCUGCUUGACCCGAUUUUGCGGAAUGAUACAAAAAUUGUUGCCAAGGUGGAGUUCGACAAGAAAUGUGAGACGCUUGACCAAUGCAAAUCCGAUCUGGUACUCAGUGUCGAGAUGGACCUCAUUGGCGAUGGACCCGACGUUAAAAUUAACCGUUCCUCGGUCAUUUUAGUAGGGGAAAGAGACACUUUGGCGGUCACUAUAGAUGUCAAGAACGUUCAAGACAUAUCAUACAAUGCUAAUUUUACGAGCACAGUUAAAGCUUAUAAGAGAGGUGUCACUAAUACCAAUCAAGGGUCGGUAUCGGCCGAAUGCGAGUAUCCACUUCUGGACUUUUCUUGGACUGAUUUCAAAUGCACCGCCAACAAUAAACUCGACCGAAACGAGAACUUUAAGGUUUUCACGAGUUUCGGACAUCUCCAAGGGGAAGCUCAUUCCGGAGAAUGACAUGAACAAAAUGCUCACUUCA